AUGAAACGCGUUGGGACUCUUGAGGAAUACACAAAAGUGAAGAGGGACGCCAAUGGACUUGGGCUUGUGGUACACUUUAGUGCCAGUUGGUGUGAACCCUGCAAGGGUGUGACAGAGGCGUUGGAACGCUUCUCAGAACUAUACAAAGGUUCUGUUGAGUUCGUGGAGGUUGAUAGUGAAGCUUUGGGCAGUAUCUGUGAAGCGGAAGCCGUCGAUUGCGUUCCGUAUAUUGCAUUCUUCAGAACUUCUGGGGACGGUAAGGGGCAAGAGAGGGUUGCUGAUGUCGUUGGAGGAAAGCUUGACCAAAUCGAACAAAAUAUGUUGUCGCUUUAUGGUGACGGAACGGAUGGGAGGGGAUCAUUUUCAGAUUUACAAUCAUACUUAAAGUACCUCACCAGUCGGAAAGGUGUUGUGGCAUUUAUAACCGGCACACCGUCGAGGCCUCGGUGCGGUUUCACUGUGAAGCUUAUCCAGUUACUCGAUGACCUUCAUGUGAAGUACGUUUAUUAUGACGUCUGGGCCAGUGACGAGGUUUGUGAAGGACUCAAGAAGUAUUCAGAGUGGCCUACUUUCCCGCAAGUAUAUGCCGAUGGUGAGUUUAUUGGUGGGUAUGAUAUUUGUGCUGAGCUGAAUGCGUCCGGGGAGUUGAAAUCUGCUCUGAAGCUAUGA